UCACACCCUCCUGCCUACAACUCCCUUUACAGACUAGAUUAGAGGAGGAUAAAGCUGAGUGGAAGUUGACACAUUCAGAUCUUCACUUGUGACUAGUAACCAUAGAAGUGUGGAUUCAGGUCUCAGAUAUUAACAUAAUGCUUAAGGAAGUGCUCUUGGGUCUUCUCAUAGCAGCUGUAGCGCUCACUGUAGGAAUCCUGCUUGGUCAUUUUGGCAUUAAGAAGGGAAGUUCGGUACCAGAAUGGGUCCAGGAUGCAUCCAAGGAUGUGGAUGAAAGGAUUAUUGAGGAAUUCCUUGAGAAACUGGACAACAUUCAAAUACAAGAAAAUCUUAGGGAACUGACCAAGGUUCCUCAUAUGGCCACAACCCCUGGAGAUGAGGCAACAGUGAAUUUGAUGUUGAAAAAAUGGCAGGACCCAAAGACAGGCUUGGACAGCGCAUGGAGGGAGGACUACGAUGUGUAUCUGUCAUUCCCAAACAAAACUAACCCCAAUAAAGUAUCUGUUGUUAAAUCAAAUGACAAAGUGCUGUUCACGGUAAGAGAGAGAGAGAAAGCAUACUACCCAGAGCAGGACGAUCCAGAGGUGGUGCAGCCUUAUGCAGCUUAUUCUCCAGCAGGACACGCCAAGGGAAAACUAGUGUAUGCAAACCAAGGUAAACUGAGUGACUAUGAGCUGUUAAACGCAACACUGAAUCUGACAGGAACCAUCGCCAUCACCAGAUACGGAGGAGAGGGAAGAUCUGGAAAGGCUAUCAAUGCAGCAAAGUUUGGAGUGGUCGGGGUGCUGGUCUAUACAGAUCCAUAUGACAUUAAUGAUGGAAAGUCAGAUGAAAGUGAAACUUACCCUCACUCCUGGUACCUCCCACCCUCUGGUGUAGAGCGAGGCUCAUACAACAUUGACUUUGGAGACCUAUUGACACCCUACCUAGCUGCAAAGAAGGACACCUACAGAAUUCCAAAGGAGCAAAUAACGGGCAUCCCACCAAUUCCAACACAGCCGAUAGGAUUUGAGGAUGCCUAUGUAUUAAUUUGCGAACUUGAUGGGAACGAUGCCCCUGAUGCAUGGCAAGGAGGUUUCAACUGCACAUACAAGUUUGGUGGACCAGGCUUUAAAUCCACAUCUCAAUUCAGUGACAGCGAUGUACAGUUGGACAUUUAUAACAGAGAGGAGAUAAAACCUUCAGCGAAUGUUAUGGGAAUAAUUCGAGGCAGUGUGGAGCCAGACAGGUAUGUGAUUUAUGGGAAUCACAGGGACAGCUGGGUGCAUGGAGCCAUUGACCCCAGCAGUGGGACAGCAGUGAUGCUAGAGAUCACCAGAGUGCUGGGGACAAUGGUAAAGGAAGGCAAAUGGAGACCUCGACGGUCCAUCAUCUUUGGCAGCUGGGGAGCUGAAGAAUUUGGCCUUAUUGGAUCGGCAGAAUACACAGAGGAAUACUUCAGUAAGCUGAUUGAACGUACUGUGGCCUACAUCAAUGUGGACAUCUCAGUGUUCGCUAAUGCCACCCUGAGGGCAUCUGGAUCCCCUUCAACACAGAAUGUGAUUUUUACAGCAUCCAAACAGGUAAAGGCACCUGGUACCACUGCAUCAGUCUACGACAACUGGAUAAAAUAUUUCAACAGGACCAGCCCAAAUUAUGGGUUAAUACCAAAUGUGGGGUUUUUGACAGGAGCAGGAAGUGAUUAUGCUCCUUUUAUGCACUACCUAGGAAUAACAUCUAUGGACUUUUCUUAUACCUAUGAUCGGAGCCAGACAAGAGCACGCAUCUACCCCGCCUACCAUACUGCUUAUGAUACAUUUGAUUAUUCAUCUAAAUACAUUGAUCCAGGUUUCACGAGUCACCAGGCGGUAGGCAGGACGGCAGGGAACGUGCUGGUGCGACUGGCUGACAGUCUUCUGUUGCCUUUGAACUGCAUUGACUAUGCUGAAAGUCUGGAGCAGUAUCUAGAUGAGGCUGUUAAAACCUUUGGGACCAAACUUACAAAUAAAGGGAUCUCUAUGGAACCCUUGAAGAACGCUGUGCAAUUAUUCCGCAACGCAGCCACAAAACUUGACACUGUGAUCAGGGAUGCAGAUCUCGCAAAUGAAACCCCCCUGAAGGCACGCAGAAUUAACGAUCAGCUCAUGCUGUUGGACAGAGCUUUCCUCGACCCAUUAGCGUUCCCAGAAAAAUACGCUUUCAGGCACGUCAUAUGGACCUCGAGGUCAUCGAGUGUGCCCACCUUCCCCGGACUAGCAGAUGCGGUGGAGAAGGCUGAGAAAAGCGGAAUGAAAGAUGAUUGGGAUCUGGCCCAUAAACACUUAUCCAUCGUCACACAGGCCAUUGCGGGAGCUGCACACACGCUGGACGAUGUCAUUUAAUACUAGUUGAGAUAUAGUUAUUAUUAGUCUUAUUUUGACAUCCACAAAAUACACAAAGGGAAUUAUGAAGCACACUAGAAAACCAUGUUACAGUAUGACUACCAUAACCAGUGCUUUUUCUGAAACUGAUAAUGAACAAAUAUAGUGAUCCAGGUAAACUGAAUUCAGAUGCAAAACCCUCUAAGUGUGUUUUUUUGUAAAUGAGCAUUUUUUAUUAGGCUCUUAGGUUGAAAAGGUUAUAUGUCAGUAAUCCUAAUGCCUUCAUUUUACAAAUGUCAUUUUAUUGGUAUUUAACAGUGGCGGCCGGUGACUUCUUUUUUCGAGGGCGCUCAAUGCGAAUGUAUGUUGUCUGUCAUGUGUGUGGUUCCUUAUUUCAAAAUAUGUGUUCUGCGCGUCGAGUGAUCCUAUGUGCAUCAUGUGUCUUGUCAAAAUAAGUGCCUGCUGCAGACGCGUCUAAAGGGUUUAUGAUAAAAGAUACGCUCACGUUUACCAGAUACUCGCAUAAUCUCACGCGUAAUCAAAGUUUACUGUUAAAGGUGCAGUGUGUAAUUUUUAGAAGGAUCUCUUGAAAGAAAUACAAAAUAAUAUACAAAACUAUAUUGUCAGUGGUGUAUAAAGACAUUUUAAAAUGAACCUUUAUGUUUUUAUAACCUUAGAAUGAGACGUUUUUAUCUACAUACACUGAGGGUCCCCUUACAUGGAAGUCGCCAUUUUGUGCUGUCAUGUUUAUACAGAAGCCCUUAACGGACAAACCUUUUUACUAAGUUGUCUCCGACAAUGAAAUGUUUGUCUGGUGGUUGCUAUCGUAGCUUCUUUAUGCAUUUUAAAAGCGAGGGUUGGGCAGUGGACUGAGCCUUUGGUUGCAAUUCGCAACCUCACCACUAGAUGCCGCUAAAAUUUACACACUGCACCUUUAAGGGCGUGUCUUGUGUGUAUUUUGUGAACGUGAGCGUCUCUUUUAUCAUAAACGGUUUUGACGCGUGUGCAGCAGGCACUUAUUUUGACAAAACACGUGAUGCACAUGACGCAACAAACACAUAUUUCGAAAACGCACAUGACACGCUGAACACAUAUUUUAAAUUUGCGCCCCUCGGAUGAGACGUCACGAGCCGCCACUGCUAUUUAACAAAAAAGAGAAAACAUUUAGCAGACAAUACACUGUUUUCAGGCAUGAUUUAUUGAAAACACACCAAAGUGAUACUCUACAAACCUGUAUUUUUCAUUAACAAGAGCAAUUCUCUCUUUUGGGUAUUAGUAAAAUUAACAAUACAUUCUGUCAA